AUGGCUCGGCAGAAGAAGAGGCUCAUCAUCUGUUGCGACGGAACAUGGAUGAACUCGGACAAAGGCUUCGAGAAGGGCAGGCCUCAGCCUCCUUCCAAUGUCACACGGCUGGCUCGAUCUUUCAACCGAAAUUGUAGUGAUGGAAGCGUCCAGGUCAUCUAUUACCAAUCUGGUGUGGGUACUGGGAGCACGAUGGCGGACGCAUUCACAGGCGGUGCUUUCGGCACCGGCGUUGCAGAAAACAUGCGCGAGAGCUACUCCUUCAUCUGUGCCAACUAUGUCGAUGGUGACGAGAUCAUCCUCAUCGGCUUCUCCCGCGGCGCCUUUACCGCCCGAAGCAUCGCCGGUAUGAUUGGGAACCUGGGGCUUCUUACCCGAGAAGGCAUGGAGUACUUUUUCCCCAUCUUCAAAGACAUGCAGAACUGGCGGACCAAGAUCUACAGAGAUCCAUUCCCCGGCGUCCCUUUUGAGGAAAAGCCUAUGGGCGAUGAAGCUGUGUUAGAAUAUCGACGAAGGCUUCUCGAGAAAGGGUACACACGAGUGUUCGAGCACGGCGGUGCCGGGAAGCUCAUCACGGUCAAGGCUGUAGCGGUUUUCGACACCGUUGGAAGCCUCGGGGUCCCGUCUAUCCCGUGGAUGAAAAAGCUAGGCAUUGAUCAUACGACUUCCGAGUUCCGGUUCUACGACACUUCGCUGUCAGAUCGGGUCGAGUAUGCUUUUCAUGCGAUUGCGCUUGACGAGCCCCGGCCGCCAUUUAGUCCCUCUAUAUGGGAACGUGGUGUAUCGAGCAAGGCGUACACUGAUCUCCGCCAGGUCUGGUUUCCUGGAAACCACGGCAAUGUUGGCGGUGGCUGGCCCGACCAGGGAAUUGCCAACAUGUCUAUGGCCUGCAAGUCCCCACCCCCACUGUGCUCUUGCGUCAUGGUCCCGAGCUGGUGGAUGAUGGACCAACUCGUUGAAGUGGGUGUCGAGUUUGACGAAGGAUCUCUACGUCGAAUGCUGGCUGAUACGGAGAGAUACUACCGCGAACAUCCCAUGGCGGCCGCCGUCCCCGACGGACUCAAAGAGCAGGCGUCCAAGGUCGUCCCACCCAAGUACUACAAAUGGGCCAACGAUGAGAUCCUCGAGAACAACCACCCUUUCAGACCAUGGGCAACGGGCGCCAUUCUCCGCGCUCACAGUCCCGUAUACACCUUGACGGGCAGCAUCGUCCGCUCUCCAGGCAGAUACCACAAGCUCAACACCUACAACGGCAAGGAGCUGCCCGAGUACCUCGAGGAUACCUGCGAGAAGAUCCACCCCUCGGUGCGCAUCCGCCUGGCCGUGGACGGUCUCGGCUACGAUGACAAGAGGCGGUGGGGUGCCGAGGCGCUGACCGACGCCGGGUGGGAGCUCAAGAAGAAGCCGGAUGGGAAGUGGAUCUGGCAGUACGAGGGCGAUGAGGACCUGCCCAGAAAGGUCCUGGAGGAGGCUGAGAUGGGCCAUUACGAGCUAAGAAUGUUGGAGCUGGCUGGUGGUACGCCACCUAUCCUUGAUUAUGUCGAGAACAUGGGCAUUGAGGACCUCCAGAGACGUGGCAGCAGGAAGCAUUCGGCAGUCAGGACCGCUGCUGGUGACUCGGAGGCGACUGCCAAGGAUCGUUGA